GUGUGCCUGGCCUGACAGAGAAAGAGUACCGCGAUUCCAUGAUGUUCCCAGUGCCUGGACGCACAGACAUCUCUCUGGCGAACAACGACUGGGUUGCGCAGACCAUUGAGACUAUGUUUGGCGACUGGGCGGAGGAGAGUCUGCUGCAGGCAGAACGAGCGCUUCGCGUCAAAGGUCUCCCAAAGCCUUCAUUUUUAGACCAG